AGAGGACAAAAAGUAUAAUAGGGAAACAUACGAAAAUUUUAAUACCGUACACAUCGAUUUCGAUAAACAGGAGGCGAGCAGUCUCUAUAAAUGCAGCAGUGCAUGCUGGGGUUUCACAGUAUAGUAUGUAUUGUAUCGUAGUAUGCAAUAGUUACGGCGGCGCGGCGUUUCGUUUGCUGCUCAUAGGCUGCCGCCAUUGUUUCUAGAAGUGAGCAAAUGAACAAACGAACAAACAGACUUGUAAAAGUUUUAAAAUUGAAGCACAGUAGUGAAUAUCCAAUUUCGUUAUCAGUGUAAACUAUUUAAAAACUGAGAAUAUUAAAAGCAGCACGUUUCACGUGUUAAAUUUUUAUUUAUUUUCUAACGUAUUUGUGUGAAAGCAAAAAAUUUCUAUGAAAGAGUUUAUGUGACGUAUUUUCAAGGAGAAAAAGUUAACUUUUGUAAUUCGAUGAUGCUUGUUUAACGACGUGAUACAUACGAUGAUAGUGAUGGUGCUAAUGAAAAGAGUGAUGUGUUAUUCUUCCACGGUAAAAUUGAUGAAAAACGCUCUGCUGAUAGACAGUCCGAUCGUGUUUAACGCGUCCCUUUGAUCGCAGAUUAAUUGAAUUAAUUAUUGUGAGGCGAAAUUUUCAACAGUCAGAAAAAAUCGAAUAUUGUGUUUUACAAUAAUCCCUUGUCUUCAUUUUGCUGCUGUAAAAAUUGUUGUUUACAUGCUGAUAGAAUCUCGUAAUUGUUAAUUAUUUAAUAGAUAUCUUAAAAUUCAAACGAUCUGCUCCAUGAACCAGUUCGCUUUAUAUCUAAAUACUCGAUUUCAAUCGCGUGUCAUUAGGCGAUGCUUUCUGAAAUUAUUCGUUUUCUUCGAAUUGCCUUUGCAUUUACCAUGCCGGAUAUACAAACAAGAAUGCGAGAAUUUUCCUUAUUAUACGAGGAAAGACGUCUUCACCGCUCGACAACGAUGUUAAUACUAUUGUUGUUAUUCCUGGUUGAUAUACGUCUUGCAAAUGGUUCUUGCGAGUUCCCAGUUGCAUGGACUGGAGAGUGGUAUCAAUAUGGAAAACUAUCAUCGAUUACCGUAAACGCAACGGUUUUGGGUGAAAGAACAUGUGUCGAGCGAUCAGAGCAUUCGUACAUUGUCUAUGGUGACAGUUGUUAUUAUUGUAUAAUUGUCAAUGAUCGACAUGAGAAUGUGAUUCAAUUUCGUGAAGGAUGGUGUUCUUCGGAACAGAUCAGCUUGGACGAAAUGUGCUCAAACAUCAAGUCCGAUGAUACUUUAUAUUCCAUGUUUCGUGUAAAUUCCAAGCCAAUACCAUGUCCUUUUAGUGGAUCGUCAUUUACAUUUACCUAUGACAAGGGUUUCGGUGAAUGCGCAACGCCUAUUAGUCUUGGAGAAAAAUGUACCGACGAAAGUAAAUUACUGCUGAAAUAUCAGGCUUGCCCGGAUAUCGAACGGAGCGAGAGUAACACUGAAGAAUUGCAAUGUCUUGCUGUAUGGAAUGAUGGUCGUAACAAGUAUCUUGUUGGAACAUUAAAAGGAAGGAGUAUCUCAAGUUCCGAAAAAAUGUAUAGAUGCUUCUUAUACGAAGAGAAAACACAUCAUCAGGGGAAGGUGGCCUAUUUACUUGCUCAAUCGGGCGAACCAACUUGUAAUGGCCUAACUACAGUUUCCGAGGGAUCGCCAACUAUAAAGCUUACAAAAGUUGAUAAAGAACACAAUAGAUGCAAAUAUCCUUCAUGGAUCACUGAACAUCAUGACUGGCGUUCUCUGGAUGGUACUAAAGUUUAUCAUUUCACGAAUAAAAAUGCAACGCUUAAGGUUAAAGUACAAAACGCCGAUGAGGAUACAUUUCACGAAGAAAAAAUUGUUUGUCAUAAUCUAGAGAAAUUACAUCCUUCGGAGAAUACACAAGGAUAUAAAGUAAAAUUAAUCGCCCAUGUUACUAGCGGAUGUGAUAUUGGCUAUGUUUGCAUGAUAUUUCACAAAAGAGAUCAUCAUAUUAUAGAAUUACAGCAAUCAGAUGAAAAGGCUAUAAUGCCAGAUGAAGCAUGUUCCCUUGCAGAUACAUCUACAAUGGCGUAUACCACUCUAAUAAGCUCUUCAUUACGUCAGAGAAAAUGUCCCAAUCCUGGACGAUAUGCUGUCUUAGGAUUUGCUCCGUUCAGUGUAUCUAGCACUCCAUUUCGUCGACAACGUCGUAAUGAAAGACGCCCUUCUAGAAUCACCAAAAGAAGGACUUGGCACGAAGAUGUACCUCAAAAGGAAUCAUACGAGCAACAACGACAACAUCAACAACAAUAUCAUCACCAUCUCCAUCACCAUCAAUACGGAGGAGAACAUUAUCAACAACAAGAAGAACAGCAAAGGGAGGAUUGUAAAAGAACCAGUGUUCAAAUAGGCUGUGCUUCGUGGGAUCAGAGUGAAAUUGUUAUUGGAAAAACAUGCGAUACGGAAGAAACGACAUAUUAUUGUCAUGGUAGUUGGGAAGAAAAAGAUACUUGGUACACAAUAGUGUCGCUAAAAACCAAUGAAGCUUCUUCAAAUUUUGGACAGACCUUUUGUUUUUCUAUGCAAUUUGGUCGUAAUGCAGAAAAGACAUCUGUAACGGGAAGAACAAUUAAAACCAAAGUCUCGGAACAAGGAUUUUGGUUAACUAAAUUGGAUCGUGUCUGCCGAAGAGGCCAUAUCCAAGAUGAACGAUUCUAUACGCUCGUUAGUGAAGGAGUUUGCGAAGACGUAGAAAAGGCAUAUUCCAGUUUAGCACCACUUCUUUCCAAAUCUAUAAUUUUAUUUGCUGCAAUCAUGGGAAAUUGUGCCGCAAUAUUUUUGUUAAGAUGAUAUGCCACUUCCACGUGAAAAACUUGUAAUACUUCUAACGGAAUUUUCUUUUUUUUCUUCUCGUUCUAUUCUUUCUUUUAUGAACGUCGAUGUAAGCCGAGCGGAGAGAGCGGCCAACCUAACCCCUUCGAUUUUAUUCGAGUAUUCGUUUCCGUAAGAAUCGAGACCAAGAGUGAACGGUUUAAUUUAAAUCAACUUGAUUGGCCAACGCUGACGAUUUACUGUCAUCAUUUUUUUCCAGACUUAGUUGGUAACUUUUUUACUUUAUUCUUUUCAUGAACGUCCAGACACGAUAGUUCGUACUGCUACUAUGUAAGUUUCUCUGCUUUUUUUUUUUUUUUCUUUUCUAUUGUGCGUUAGUCAACAUUUUAUAAUCUUAUUGACGUUUGAUUCAGGCCCACAUAGGUAAGGAUGUACUUAGAUUCUAGAUUUUAAGUCUUACACCCGUCCGUUUCAUACAAUGGUCGAGAUUUUUACCCAAUGACAUCUAUUUAUAUCCUGUAAAUCUGUAUAUUUGCACUUGUAUUUUUUAUAUAAUUAUACGUUGAUGUGGACGAGCAAAAGAUUUGCUCACGUAUUGAAAAAUCAUGCAUUUAUUUUCAAUUUAAGAACACGAGAACAACGAUACCUCGAUCGUUUUUACGAAACCGAGAUUUAUAAAGCACGCAGUAUAUUGUCAGUCGACGAACUAUCGUACACCCGCAGCUUUUUUGUAAAUAUACAAGCAGGGUAUAACGAGUGAAGACCAUGUUCGAUUAAUCGCGAACGAAAUCAAUGUAACUCUGUAACUGCGAAUUUGAUUAAUUUAAUGCGUAACAAUUAAUUACGAUAAGGAGAAAUACUUUUUACCUCUUAAGCAGCUACAUUUUGUAUAUAAUAAUUUAAGCACUGUAUAAAGACUGUUUUUAAAAGGUAUAGAAUUUUCCACUUACACAGGUACAUUUAAUUAUCGAGCGUCAAGUUGAAAAUAACUUUUACCGCGUUCCUUUCGUUUUCGUCUAUUACGACGACUAUAUUAUCGACGAAAGGGAAAGGAUCGCAGUGGAAGAAUGACGUUCGAUGAACACAUUUUGAAAUCCACGAAACAGUGUCCUGUAGCAAGUGGUUAAUGGCGCAUCGUGGACAUCGAUGCAAUUGCGAUCAAAAUUCGUUAGAAAAAUGAACUGGAGUUACAUAUUGUUUUCUCCUUUGAUAACACAAAUGCAUUGUGCCUAAUCGAAAUAUAAUUUUGGUUAAUAAUUUCGUUACUAUAAAAUUGUGUUUAUCGAUUACUCUCGUCGUAUCCACGAUCAUUUGUUAUACUCCAUAUACAAACAGACAGGAAACAUAUACAAACAAAAAGGAAAUUGAAUUGAACUGAAUUUCGAGAGUAAUCACGCGCAUGUAUCAACAAGGUACAUAUGUACAUUGCGUGUGUUCAUAUAAACAUGCGCGCACACACACACACACACACAACAAACAAACAACCGGAAUUGUUCCGAUACAUUCGUAUAAUUAGAAUAUUCGAGUACGACGAUGCGCUAGUUCUAAUCCGUAAGAUAGAUAAAUUUUUAAUAUCAAGAUAAAUUCUUAUUUUUAUACGCAUAAAUCUAUCGUUCCCAGCUCGAUUCUCGAGCUUCACUCCACUAUUUUUCAAUUUACUUUUCCAUUUAAAAAUUUUCUAUCCUACUUAUUUACUCUGGUAUAAACCCACAGUUGUUUGUUUGUACUUGAUCAAGUUCCUGAUACGUUCCGUACUAGUUUGAUGGGAGCACAUUCUUUGCCGUGCGCCUCGUCCAACAUUAAAUGUUAAUUCGAUCUAUUUUACGAUCGCAUCUCAACGUAUCUCAAUGAUAGUUAUUGACUCGAUCGUACUCUUUAUUACUUAUGCAUUUAAAUAAUAAUAGACGAAAGAGAAUUAUUGUUGUUAUUGUUGUUGUUGUGGGAUGAGUAUUGAUAUCUUGUACGAAAGUUUCACCAAUCGAUAUUUAUCACAUUGAAAUUCAGAUAUAAUUUUUACUCAUACCGCAAUUUAAUCGUAAUAUUUCUAUGCCUUCUACGUGAAAAAUUUAACGUAAAUACAGAUGUGCUGUAAUUCGAAAUAUGAUGAAAAAGAAAGAAGGAAAAUGAUGCGAGUGAUUGAAACGAUAACAAUUCUUUACAAAGGAUUAUUAACAUACGCUGUAUGUAUGCGCGUGUGCUUUUUUACGUCGUGUAUGUUGGUUGAAUGUAUUUACAAGUUUGAAUGUAGGAAUGUAAAAAAAAAAAAAAAAACGAAAAAGAAAAGAAAUGAAAAUUAACAAUAAGUACGUAUGCUUAAGGUAAUAUUGUAAUAUUUUAUUUACUAAUGUAAUGUCACCGCAACAACGACGAUGACGAUGAUGACGACGACGACGACGAAAACGAGGACAAGAAUAGCGGACAAAGAUACAAAUAUGUUAAUUAAGUAAACUUACGCAUUGCUCGCAUCAUAAGCGCCGAGAUGGUAAAACGAGCAUGUUUUAUUGGAUCGAUUAUAUGACGAUAUGUUGAUGUAAAAACAGAUAAACGCAAUUGCGACAGUAUUUCAAAGCGAUAUCGAGACGUUUGUACGGUUGUUUCCUUUUGAGCGAAGAAAUCAAUGACGGAAAAAAAACAAGGUUGAAAAUGAAACAACAGAUCAUCGAUAUGACGAUUUGAAACUGUCUAUUCUCGAUCAAAAGAAGUAAACAAGUAAAGAAAAAUGAAGACUAGAGAUUACGAUGGUAUUUCGUAAUCUGAAAAUGAGUAUCGACGCUUUCGUUUCAUGGAAAUUGCCGAUCAAAGCCCUGAUCCAGAACUAAUCACAAGCUACACUAUGUGUAAUGUUUAUUAUUAUAUUUUGAAUAUGAGAAAAUACACGUACAUGUACAGAA